CGGCCUCUUGAAUGUGCUUAAGUGUGUGUUUUUGGCAUAACACACGACACAGGUACCCUGCAGUUUGUGUUCAGAAGCUGUUGUGUCGUUGCUUGGAUUUGCCUUUCUCUGUCUAGAGGCUCAAAGUCCACGCAAGCAUGAGUUACAGGACUGUGGUAAUGUACAUGGAGAUCGGCUGCUUUGUUGUCUGUGUGUCUGGAUGGAUCCUGGUGUGUUCCACAAUGCCCACAGAUAUCUGGACAUGGUCUCAGAUAGAAAGCCGAGUCUUGACUUCUUCACACUACUUCUCCAACCUGUGGAAGGAUUGUAUAUCGGAUUCAACUGGAGUCAUUGACUGCAAGAACAUUCCAUCACUGCUUGCACUGAAUUGGGACAUUCACAUGUGCCGUGCUCUCAUCAUCAUCUCUAUCAUCUUGGCUUUCUUUGGAUCAGUUCUGGUCUUAGUGGGAAUGAAGUGUACUAAGAUUGGGGGAUCAGAGAUUGUUAAUGCAAAACUAACCUUUGCUGGGGGAAUGAACUACCUAAUUGGAGGACUCUGUUCUAUGACUGCUUUCUCCUAUUAUGGAAACAAACUUAGAGCAGAAUUUCAGGACCCUACCUACAAAGCUGAGAAAUUUGAAAUAGGCGUUGGUGUCUUUAUCGGCUGGGGAGGCUCUACCUUACUUGUUGUUGGAGGCCUCAUUUACAGUAUCUUUGCUGGGAGGGAAGGGUUCCACUCAAGAUCAAAAAGAUUCCCUGAAUACCAGUUCCCUGAUGCCUACAGAGUUGUUCCGACAAAAAAGAGGGUUCCGUUUUUGGCUCGUACAGAGAUGAGGGAGAGCAGAAAACCAUUGACCACCAGUAGCAGCAGAGGCAGCAGCAUCUCUGGGAUCACAACCACCACCAAUGCCUCAGCUGUUAAUGCAUAUGUAUGACCUGUUUCCAAAGGUGGAAAAGAUUUUGUCUAUCUGUCCUUCAUGAAAUAUGUGUCUCUUCCUUUUCCAAAACAUUUUAUAAUCUAAGCCCAUACUUAAGCUUUAAUAUUAGUCUUUAGAAUGGGUCUUAUUUCCACAGCAGACAUUUAGCAUUAACAAUGGUUCUAUUCAAGUGUCACAAAACAUGUAUUAAUUAUCAAGAUGUUUGGCUGUUGUUGUAGCCAUAAAUAUGUUUUAAUAGUACGGAUAUAUAAAACAAUGUAUAUUAACAUGAAGAAAUAAGUAACUAAUUAUGCUAGGACUUAAUGUUGACAUGUAUGCUACCCAUUUCUAGAUUGCUUGUUUAAACCUGACUGAAGGUUGCAUGCUUUAAAAUAGCCUAACACUGCUGUUGAUUGAUGUUGUCAGAUGUAUUUGAAAUUUGCAAUAAAACUAAAUGUUUAAAG